AUGGGGGGAUCACGACACACUGAAUCCGGCUCAGAAUAUCUCUACUACCCUCAGAAAGCUUCCUUCGCCUUUCACGAGACACCGCCCGCCGCCGCCCACCGCGCGGCUCAGGAGUCGGCGCCCGCGCUCCUUUGCCCACCCUCCAGCAACCUCCUGCAAUCACCACACCCCACGCUCCUCCUAAACCCGUUAGUGAGUUUGGUUCACCUCAACAACUUCUACCAGAAGUACCAACUCGUCACGCAACCUCCAACCGGCAUCGUGUCUCAGCAUCCCCCCAACCCGAACGCCGAGCGGGACCUCACUCGCAACGGCGCUAGGAAACAGCCAGUCAAGUCUGCUCAAUCGCGACAGAAACUCAAUGGGAAUAACAGUAGCAAGACACCAGUACACGCUGGCGGAGUGCCGAUGACGCCCGUUGACGCUUCCGGAAUGGGGAGCAUACGAGAGGAGGAGUAUCCGUACCCGCUCUCUCAACGACCCUCCAUUGUGUCCCACAAUUCCAGCUCUGUUCCAUCGACCCCACACCAAUAUCCGCGAGAAUUUGUCUCACGAUCCAGGUCACCUUCACCAAAUGGCGGUCUGGGGAGCCAUUCUCCGCGGUCUGUCUCUUCCGAAGCAAACGGACACCUUCCCACUUUGCGGAAACCUCGGCAAGGCUGCAAGUAUGAGACCAACGUCGCCUUCGGGAGGAGACGCAUCCCAUAUACUUCAUCGGAUACACUAGAAAAGGCGAAAGAAGAGCCAAAGAAGGCCUUGGACCCACAUGAGGAGAAGAAGCUAAGCGGCGACAUGAGGGAACUCUACGACCGGAUAUUACCAACUCCUGAGAGCGAGCAGCGGAGAGUGAAGUUUGUGCAAAAGCUGGAGAAUCUUCUGCGCCGCGAGUGGCCUGGAUACGAAUUCAAGGUCCAUGUAUUUGGUUCGUCGGGCAACUUACUAUGCACUAGCGAAUCGGACGUGGACGUCUGCAUCCAGACACCCAUGAAAAAGUUAGAGUCGAUGCAUAUACUGGCCGAGGCUCUCGCCAAACAUGGCAUGGAAAAGGUCGUCUGCGUUCCUUCGGCGAAGGUCCCAAUUGUGAAAAUCUGGGACCCAGAAUUGCAGUUGGCGUGUGAUAUGAACGUCAACAAUACCAUGGCUUUAGAAAAUACGCGCAUGAUCAAGACAUACGUCCAGAUUGAUGAGCGAUCUAUGACCCUUGGCGGUACUAUCAGCUCGUACACCUGGAUAUGCAUGAUCUUAAACUUUCUACAGACACGAGAUCCUCCUAUAUUACCUUCCCUCCAUCAUCUUCCUUACCGGAAAGCAAUCAAGGAGACUGGCGAGCAGUCAGACUUUGCUGACGACCUAGAAAAGCUGCAAGGAUUUGGCCAUGAAAAUAAAGAAACUGUGGGGCAACUUCUGUUCCAUUUCUUCCGACGUUAUGGACAUGAGAUUGAUUACGAAAAGUCGGUCAUUUCUGUGCGGCAGGGCAGGCUAUUGUCGCGAAAAGAAAAGGGUUGGGAUCUGGACAGUUUGACUCGAGAGGCCCGAAACCGCUUGUGUGUUGAGGAGCCAUUCAAUACCUACCGGAAUCUUGGAAAUUCGGCCGAUGACUUUGCAUGGAGAGGGAUUCAUCUGGAGCUUCGGCUUGCGUUCACUCUACUCGCUGAUGGAGGUCAGCUGGACAAGGCUUGCGAGCAAUAUGAGUUUCCCCCGGAAGAAAAGGUUGUUUUCAAGCGGCCAACACCAGCCCCGAAGCCAAUUCUGACCAGUAGUACGCCGGCUGGGAGGGGCGGUCGGGGCGGAGCUGGGCAACGUGGAGGCCGUGGAAGCUUCCACCAAAAGAAUAGCCAGUAUCAACGACGAGCUUCGAGUGGCGCAUCGUUUAACAAUGGCCGGCCGCCAUUCCUUCACAGCCCUCCUAUCGGCGUCAACGGACAAGUUAAUGGACAGAUCAAUGGGCAAGAUUACUUUGUUCGUGGAUUGAACGACCAGCUUCACGACCAGCUUUAUCAGCAAUACCAGCUUCUGGAGAUGCAAUCAAAUUCAUUAAGAGCUCAAUUGAUGGCACAGCAACGAGCACAGCAACACGCACAUAUGCAGGCGCAUGCCAUCAACCAAGUUCAGGCUCAGGCACAACAAGCUCGAGGACAGUUGGCGAAUGGCUCUCCACAGAAGUCGCCUUACAUGAACGGCAGGUCGAGUCCGCGGACCUCCGAAAGCAUGCCUACGACUGGAGCCAUACCUCCUUCCUUGCUUCUCUAUCAUUACCCCGGCUACUAUGAUUUCAACCAUUCUAUGGCCUCAUCGACUUCCCAGGAUGGAUCUAGGACAAACCCGUCGUCUCCGUCGCUUACGAGCAGUAUCCCUGGGCUUCGGCGUGGUGUACAUCGGACGUCGGCUGCCAGCGACACGGGCUCAAUUCGUUCGCAGUCGCAACCUGCUCGUACUGUGCCUAAUUCGCAGCUACCAACGGGUUAUCCUCCGCCUCCCUACCCCGAACCAAAUGCCUUUGCUGGCUAUCCUAUCGCUCGUUCUACGGUAGAUGCGGCUCCUAAUCAGUCGAGCACAGAGCCGCCUUACAGUCCAAUGACAACUUUCCCUGAGAGUGCCGUGUCAUCAGAUCAUGGUACACCGAAAGAAUACGUAGGAUACUAUGUUCAUGAUUCUCCAAAGAUUCCUCCAGAGGUACCGGACUACAGCGUCCCGCAGAUACCGUCGUAUAGUGAGCUUGCGCAGCGUCGACGAAGGGUCUCUCCAGAAAUCGUGCAACCAUUGUUGAACAGUACCUUGAGGCGGGUAUCACGGUCUCCAUCACCACUCUCUGGGCAUCUUCGAAGCUAUUCAACUGGUGUGACCCCGCCGUUGGGGCCAAAACCUCAGCAGCGGAUAGGUCGUGGCGACUUGACCCCGACCCCCGAGGGCGAGGGCCUAGUAAUUGCGAAUGGCUCGUAUCCUACGAAACCGCGAGAGACACGAGCUAUGAGUGAAUCUGUCGAUAUGACCAACACUGACACGACCUCUAAAGACCCAUCUGCCCUAGGAAUUUACAUGCCUACCGGAGAGCAGUACCGGUUCCCGACUUCUUCCGAGCAGAGGCAACAACAGCUCUACGCAGAUGCGCUGUUACAACGUCACAAUGCGGCAGAGUUUUCACGAUCCGAAAUGUCCAAUGGCGUGGGAGCCAUAUCUUCGGCCGACCCAAAUACCCUGACACGUGUGCCUUCUGGUCCAAGACAGCCAUUCCCGCAACUUCCGGAGCCCUUACUCAAUCACUAUGGCUCUCUUAAUGGAGACAGCACUAGUGAUUCAGCAGACGUCUCUCCAACACGUAACCAGCAGCAAUGGCGGGGCGGCCAACUCCCUAACGGGAUAAGCCCCCUGGAUACGAAGGCUUUAAGAGCCCCGCCGCAAGAAAUCAAAUCUGCCGGCUUACCGUUGCUAUCGCCAGUCUUCGAGACUCGAACACCUUCACCUACCGUCAGCCGCCAAAUGGAGAUUGCGAAACAGCAACUCCUGAACGGAACUAUGCCGACGAGUAAAGAAAAUCAGCAACCGCUGUCGUUCCGAGCUGCGCAAAAUUCGAAAGAGGCUAAAGCCGGUCAACCCAAGAAGGACCCUCCACCCAACGACAAGUCGAAUAGGGGAAGCCCAAGUGACAAAAACCAGUCUGGAACUUGGCAACAGUCUAACUCCCAGAAACGGCGGAAAAAGCAAUCCAAGUCGGCCACAAAUCAGAAGCAGGGUAUUGAGACAAAGCUACAGGGCGAGCCCCUACCCGUCAACGAAGCUGACAGAAAGGGAGGCUGA